AUGUCCGAGUCGCAGCAGCAAGCGGCCCAGGUCGUAUCGCAUGGGCGCGGAGGCCAGGGAAACAUCGCUGCUGAUUCUACGAAAUACGUCGAUGCAGAAAUUGUCCGAGAAGGUGUCGAGGGGGACCAAGGAGACGGCGCAUAUUCUGCAGGGCGUGGAGGUGUAGGGAAUAUAGGAUCGCCUAACGUGCCUCCGUCUCGUGGCCAGCCGCAUGAUGCAGACGUUAUCCCCCCCACGGCCAUGAGGAAGGCUUCUUCUGCUGAGUAUCAUGUUGGAAGAGGCGGACAAGGGAAUGUACGCAGCGAACCGUCUGAACCAAUACCAGAGCAGGAGGGGCAUGAUAAGAGAUCCGAGGGGUUUGUGGAUAAAGUCAAGCAGAUGGUUUUUGGUCGGAAGGAGUAG